AGCCCCACUAAUCAUUAAAAACACUCAUUCAAUAGCCAAGAAAUCGUCGAAUCUUUAUUUGAUAAACUCUGGAUUUUUAAAAUAGACUUUGCUGAGUACUUCCCUUUGACAUGUUUUCAUUCAUGUGUACCUUGAAAAAGAAAUUUUACCAUUGGGAUAGGAUGCACUUUGCUCUGGAAGAAAAAAGUAUACAGGUGGACGUUGGUUUAAUAUCGUAUUAGAAAUAAUAGUAUAAUCGCUUGUUCUAAGACGUCUCUUGGUUUCUCUUGCGGAAGAAAAAAAAUCUCUUGUUUAGGCAAAUUUUCUUCUAGAUUUAUACGCAGAUUCUAGUCCGAUAUUAUCACUAUGAAUUAUUUCGUAAAACGGCUACAAAGUAUUCUUUCAUACAGAAACUGUCCUGUACGUGAAUUAUCUGUCUUUUUGGACAAACAUGGACCAGUAUGGACGACGAUAAAAUCUAUGUCAGAAUUAUUAAAACAAGAAAAGAUUAAUCAUGUUGUCAUCGGUGGAUUAGCAGUAUAUUUGCACGGCUAUCGCCGAACAACACAUGAUUUAGAUAUAUUAAUAUCAAAAGAAGAUCACCAAAAGUUUUUGGAAAAAUGCGUAGGACAUGGCUUAAAACCAAAAUUUCCUGGUGCUCGGAAAAAGUUUAUCAAUACUUACACAAAGAUUCCAGUCGAUAUUAUUAUUCAAGGAGAAUAUCCUGGAAAAGGUGAUCCAGGUCCAGUUUCUUUUCCGGAUCCACAAACAUGUACCGAAAUUAUAUCUGAAUUUAAUGUUAUAUCAUUAGCAAAAUUAAUUGAACUGAAAUUAGCAUCUUAUAAAAGCUUGCCUAUCGGUCGAUCCAAAGAUUUAGCAGAUGUUGUUGAACUUAUUUUGGAAAAUAAGUUAGAUGCUGAUUUUGCUAAUCAAUUAAAUGACGGUUGUAACGAAUUAGAAACUGGUCUUGAAACAUUUGCUCAACAUUUCACACAUUUUACUGAAUUAUUGUAUGAUGAAUAUGAAAGUAUACUUAAAAUUUUAAUAUUUUGGAAUCAACACGUCAAUUAUGAUGUUAAAAAAGUUUCACAACGUGCUUAUGACACAUUUUUAAAAGGAAUAGCUGAUGCAUUAAAAGCUCGAGCAGAAAUACAAGAUAAUGGUGUUCCACAGCGUGCAAUAAAAACUUUUAAAUAUUUUGUACAAGAAUUUCGUAGAAAAAUCGAAUCACCAAUAAUGGAAAUUCGGUCCGUUGGUGAAGAAUUUCUUGGACCAUUGGAACGCCUAACCGUAAUGACAAUUGAUUAUUAUCCACGUUAUCAGCCAAAAUCACAAGCGACAACGUGUACAUCCGUCAUCAAAAUGAUACUUGCCAUUCAAACAAAACCAACCGUUUGUUUUAAACCGUUUUUAUCACGAAUAGUUAAUCAAUCAUUGAUUCUUUGUUGUUCAUAUCCAUUAAAAUCAUCAGUUGAUCCGAUGAUGGAAGAAAUUGAUCCCGAUGAAGAAAAAUCCAAAACAACAUUUGCCAUUGGAAAAACGAUAAUUUAUGAAAAUUAUAUUUCACUAUGGAAAAUGGUCUUUGAUGUUACAACAACAAAAGAGCCAGAAAUUGUUGUCUAUUCAAUAUUUGAUAGACAAAAUAUGC